AUGAGAUUGAACAAUCAUUUCGGCCGACUGUCUGAAGAAUAUGUUGAAUGUCUUGAUCAGAUUCGUCUUCACUAUCAUCACAGUCUGGAUUGGAAUUAUCUGUUUGCGGUGAGCAAGAUCGAUGGAAAAUCAUUUCUCAUGUCGUCGUUACCAAUGUUGCUAACCGAUGAAAAUAUUCUUCCAACAGUAGCUAAUGUUACGUAUUCUCGUGUCGCAAUGAAACCUGGUGGUCAAAAGUCAGCACAAUUAGUCUACUUCAAUCACGAAGAAGACCUUUGCCAUGCCAUUCAAACGGUGUUUCAGAACAAAGCUUUUGAUUUACCAUCACCCAAAAUAAUUAUCGUCCUCAAAGGAGGAAUUAGCAAUUCAAGUGACCGAUUGAAUGAUUUCAAUGAAAAGCUAUUUUCAGCGUCAGUUGCACGACUACUACUUGACAUAGGAAGAAACAAACUAAGUAAUGAUCAAGGCGCCCCAUGGUUGUUCAGUAAUGUCCGUCACGAUUCAGUUGCUGGACGUAUUAUUCAAAUAACCAAACAGCAAUAUCUUGCAAAUGAUAUUCCUCUUUCACGUUUCGUCACAAUUGGUUACGAUGUCUGUCCUUCAGUACCUCUAGAAGAUGCACCACAUGAUUAUCAAUCACUAGCCAAUGCAAUUACAAAUGGUUUUGGAGAUAAAGCGAAAACUGAAACAAGUUCAUGUGGCUAUGCAAAUUAUCGAGUGUUGAAUAAACGCUUAUCACGUGUUAUUCUAUAUGGUAGAAAACAAGAAGAUUUAGUCGAUCGAACGACGAUUUUACAACGCUGUGUGGAAGAAAUUGGACGAGUACGAGAUAGUGAUAAGAGCGAAUGUGUUAGCGUGCCGAAGAUUAUAUUACUCUAUGGUGGCGAUGUAGAGAACGUUGAACCGAUUCAUCGAUUGUUAAGCGCGGAAAUUGACCGUAAAAAGUUCGGAUUAGUCAUUAUUCGAGGCUCAGGUGGAUUAGCUGAUGUACUCACUUGGGUUUGUGAUAAAAUUCGAAGUGGCGGAACAUGUGUCCAUGGCUCAGAAAUGAAAGUAUUGACAAGCACUUUUCUUCGAGAAUUGAAAGUUUUGGUCAAUCAAUUACUUGGCAGUGAUUUAACUGAAGAUUUAAUCACAUUAGUAACAUAUCUAGCUGUCACUCGAUGUAAAAAAAUACGUGUUUGUGAUGAAGAUGAUGAUCUUUCUUUGUACCUGCUCGAAGCAUUGGUUACAGCUAAUCAAAACCAACGUUUAUCAUCGUUGAAAUUACACUUAUCGUUGGCUUUCGAUUUGAAUCAACCGAAGUUUGCUAGUCGAAUGCUACGUUCUAAUCCAGACAUGCCAGAAGAGGAUCUAAUCCAAUUAGCAAAAAUGGCAAUCAUACGUGAUCAAGUUCAGUUUCUUCAUGUUCUGGAGGACACAUGUGGUAUUACAUCGGACAAUCUUGGGGAAAAGUUCGAAUGUGAGUUAAGUGUAAAGAUGAAUUAUAAUCAUGAUUUGUUUCUCGAAUGCAUUCAACAAGAUUUCGGUUGUAGUCUUGAUAAUGUAUACCAUUCACCGGAUGAAAAUAUUGAAACAGCAGAGGAUGAAAUACAAUCAAUCAAUGUGAAAUUAUUUCUCUGGGCAGUAUUUUUUGAUCAUUAUAAUCUAUCAUUACAUUUUUGGAGACGGUUAAAUGAUCGUCUAUGCGGUGCUCUUAUCGCUGCGCAUGUGUAUCGUCAUACAGCUGAACUGUGCGUCAAACGAAGUUCGACAGAAAUUGUUACCGUUCAAAAACUGAGAGAUCAUGCCGAUGAAUAUGAAAAUCUUGCUAUGCGCCUUCUUCAAUGUUUAUAUCUAUCUAAUCCCAACAUGGCACGUUUAGCGUUAAAACGCGAGAAUUUCGAGUUCAAUAAACUAUCAUCAUUAGAAGUUGCCAUCAUGUCGCAUAGCGAGGAUUUCGUUGGACAUACAGCUGUUCAAGAAGUGUUCGAUUUUAUCUGGAGUGGAGAAACUACACAAAAGAUAAAAGGCAAACAUUUCGAUCGUAUGCUGGCGAGUACGGCAUCCUCGUUCGGCCAUGCAACAACAGGCAUUCAAGCAAAAGAUCAACAGAAUGUGAUCAAACAUGUCUUAACAAUGAAGAAUAAAUUAUCGCGACCACGAGUUAAAUACCAAGUUCACUUUCUCUUCUACAUAAUCUUCCUAUGUCUCUUAUCGUAUCUUGUCCUGUUUGUUAAACCGUCACUCAUAGAAUUGAACGAAGAAAUAAUAUUUCUAUCGCAAAAUGGCACCUGUGCAGCCGAUGACAUGUUUUGUGCGCGACCAAAAUCGUCCAAAUGUUCAUGGUCAUUGUUGCAGUUAAUCAUAAACAUCUGGGUGUUUAUGUUUGCAUUGGAGGAAUUCCGACAGGCGAAAUUAUUCAAAACGAAAGAGAACAGCAUCGUACAAACUGUUCUACUCUAUUUGGAUGAAUCGUGGAAUAAACUGGACACACUCUGCGUCAUCAUGUACGUCGCUUCGAUUAUUUUGGAAUCUUACAAUACAAAAACAACAUUGAAUGCAGCAAGAGCGUUUCUUGCUGUUGAUGUUGUUCUGUGGUUUAUUCGUUUACUAAUUCUAUUGAUGAUCGACCGAACAGUUGGACCAAUGCUUUUGAUGAUACAAGCUAUGCUCAACGACAUGAUGACUUUCUUCUCGAUAUUCUUUGUUUUUACAUCGGCGUACGGUGUGGCGUCAUUCUCAUUACUGAAGAGUGGUCAGCCACCAUUUGAUCUUGCGAUAUUUCGUAAAAUAUUUCAUGCGGCUUACUGGCAUGUGUUUGGUCAAAUUAACGAUCUGGAUGACGUUAAAGAUAAUUUCGAAUUAACUGGCUGGGCAGCAUUUGUACUAUUAGCAUUUUACAUGGCUAUUAGCAAUAUUCUUUUAGUUAAUCUUCUUGUUGCAAUGUUUUCUAAUACAUUCGAUCGAAUGUAUUCCAAAAUGGAUACACUAUGGAAAUUUCAUCGUUAUCACAUUAUUAAGGAAUACACAAUUCUCGCCCCAUUACCUCCACCAUUGAAUCUUUUGAGUACAGGAAAUUACGAAUCGAAACCUUUCAAUCGACAGACAUCAUUCUUCGCUGAGUUAUCAUCUGAUCAAAUCUUAAAUUUACGACGACGUGAAGCACUUGCCUAUGAAAGUGAUGUGUUCGAACAAGCUGCGAAAGACAAACAAUCAGAAGCGAAUUGGCAAGAAAAAGUGGAUUCUCAAUUACGUCAACUUCGUAAAACAGUUUCGCAUGUCAAAAUUACAUGUGAAGCGUCAACAAUGGCCGAAUGA